GGUGAACGUCAAGACAAUUUUUUUGUUGGACGGGUCUGACCCUUAAAAGCUUCGACAUCUAGUAGUCAACAAAAAGGCUCGUAGCUCAUACGCUAGGCUACGGCUAAGCCAAUAGCUCAAGAAAUUGCAGUGCUCCAUCAAAUUGAGCAGGUCUAUUGCACCGGUCCUACACGUGCCGUAGCUUCAAAACAAAACAGGCUAGAUUAUGUCUAAACGUGAGUCGACUGAAAAUGACCAGCAAUCAUCCUUUAAACGUCCAAGUCUGCCUGAAUCCUGUGAUAUAGACGAUGCCGCUGGCACAUGGCCGCUAAACAUUACUGUUGAAACCGUUGAAACUGAUGGUGAGAUUAUUGAUGACGAUCCACUUAUACUUUAUCUAGCAGAGAGUACCAAUGAGUCAAGUCCAGCUCAAACAGAAAAUAGCACACAACCCGAGAGUGAGACUUUCAAGAAAGGAAAGAAACGGUGCUAUUCAUGGAUUUGGAAACAUACAAACUUGAUUCAAGUGAAAGGUCAACCUGAAAAGUACAAGUGUAUGUAUUGUGAAAAGACAUUUGUUAGAAAUGGUACAAGUCCCAUUUCAAGGCAUUUGAUCAACAAACAUUCUGAUAAAAUGAAGAAUACCCAAUGCACCAUGAUUAGCUCUGGAAAGUUGGUCCCACCAUUCAAAAAUGGCAAGCAAUCAUCAUUUAAACGUCCAGCUGUGCCUAAAUCCUACAGCAACAAAAAAAAAAGUUUGCAGAAGCACACAAGUGAUGAUGAUGCACUUCAACUUCUUUCUACAGAAUUCACCGAUCAGUCAAGUUCAGCUCAAACAGAAGAUAUCCCACAUUCUGAGAGUGCGACACACAUGAAAGUGAGGAAACAAAAGUCAUGGAUUUGGAAAUACACUACCUUGAUUCAAGUUAAAGGUCAACCUGAUAGGUACAAGUGUAUGUAUUGUAAAAAGACAUUUCUUAGAAAUGGCACAGGUGUCAUCUCGAGGCAUUUGAUGAACAUGCAUAACAACAAAAUUAAGAAUACUCCAACCCCAUGCAGUCCGACUAACUCUAAAAAAUCGGCUCCGCCGUUCAAAUUUGACCGUGAAAAAGCGGACAGAGAUUUUCUUGAAUUCAUUGUAUCAGGCAACGAAUCACUUUCCAUGGGAGAGGAACCUGCAUUUCGUGACUUAAUUUCCUGUCUGCAACCAUUGUACGAGCCAAUGGACAGAGCUGCAGUGAUAGAUAAACUUAUGUCAACUUUCUUGGAAACAAGAGAGAAAGUCUUUACAAUUCUAAAAGGAAUCAACGUAGCCUUAACAACGGACCUCAAGAUCACGUCAAACAACUUGGCAUUUAUGGGCAUCACAGUUUCCUUGCUCACUAAACAAUUUAAACCGAUUGAUGCCAUAAUAGGAUUCAAGCAAAUUAUAGGCGAGCGUUCCGGCUCAAAUUUUGGCGAUACCUUUUUUGAAACGAUCAAGUCCUUUGAACUCCAAGAACAAAUGUUAUCUAUAACAACAGAUAAUGCGACUUCCGAUGAAACCUUCAUUGACCACAUAGUCUCCCUGACCAAGGACAGUUCACAACCUUUCGAUAAAGGCUUGUGGGUUAGAUGUUUCGCGUAUGUCAUGAACAUCUGCGUGCAAACCAUUCUUGGGACUGUAUCUAUACUUCUCCAAAAACUUCGCGAUCUCAUCAAUUCAAUCCGAGCUUCGCAUCGAAGGAUUCAGAAAUUUAAGAAUGUCCUAGAAUCAUGUGGAUUACACGACGAAAAAUAUCAAGAAGAAGAAGAAGAAAUGGCGUUCCCCGAAGGUUCUGUUAUUGCUCACGAUCUUCUCCCAAUUUUGGAUCACACAUCGCAAUGGAGUUCAACUUAUUACUUCCUCAGACGUGCUGUGAAGCUGAGACCGGCCAUUGAUGAAAUCGCUAAAGAGGCAGAUCUCCAAAGAAAUGAAAUGUACAAAGAAGACUGGGAGAACUUGGAUCAAGUGCUUGAAUUUUUGGAAGAAUUUGCCACAAUUACCAAGUACAUUGAAGGAAGUGGAUUUCCUACUUUAUCGCUUGUUGUACCAAUGUACAAUCGGUUGUUGGUGAUAUUGGAAGACGUUUCAAAAGGCCGUCAUGAAUCGAUCACUCAUUCGUUGAUCGUAAAGGGAGCUGCCGCUGGCCUUCAGAAAUUGGCUUCCUAUUACGAUAAGUCAUCUCCUGUUGUUAUGGCGGCAACUUUUAUGGACCCGAGACUGAAGAUGCAAUAUUUCAUCGAAAAUGGUUGGAAUUGUGGUGAAGAAUCGCAAGAUGCACUUCAAGCUAUGGAUAAGAAACUGAUCACAAGCAGAGUUAAGCCAGCGAUACAAUCUGUUUGGAAUAAUUAUAAAGAGACUCCAGUUAUUGAACCCGCGAAUAGCAAAAACGUCACUGGCAAGCGACCCGCAUUUAAUGAAAGCUAUAUUUCCAAGGUUCUAUCAAAAAAUAGUCCAGUGGUGAAACUUGAAAUGGAUGAAUUGGAACAAUACGAGAUGGAAAGAACGGAACCGGUGGACUGUGAUCCCUCUGCAGUUUUCACUUACUGGGCCAACCGGUCUUGUCGAUGGCCUCGAUUGGGUCGUAUGGCUAAAGAGAUUCUCGGCAUUCCAGCGACAAGUGCCGCUAGCGAAAGGGCCUUCAUCUUGGGUAAAGAUGUUUUCGGAAUUGCAGAUACAAAUUUAAAUCCCGAGAUCGUUGAAGCUCUUAUAUGUUUACGUUCGUGGUAUAAAAUUGGAUUGGUGGGAGCAAAGGAUGUUGGAGGAUUCUUGGAUGAAAAGUUUCACGUGACGCUGAAACUGGAAGGCGAUUAAGAUCAAGAAUUUUGUAAUUUUUUCGAUAAGAUAACUCGGAUUUUUUGAAACUUAAGAAUUCUCUGAAGAUUCUUUCGUAAAUGAAACUAAGAUAACAAAUACACUUUGUAAUAAUUA